GUUUACGUAUGUUACGCAAGAAGUUGCGCCGCGCGCUCUAGCCGAGAGGAGGAGGGCCGAGUCAGCAGCAUCACUGGCCGGGUGCUGCGACGUCAGAAGUUAACAGUCGGUUCCUGCUUCGUAGGUUUCCUGGAUCUUCGCCGUCUGUAAAUACCAUCAGUAAUCAUGGCGGAAGCCCACCAGGCGGUGGCCUUCCAGUUCACCGUUACCCCAGAGGGCAUUGAUCUACAGCUGUCCCACCAGGCCCUCACAGAAAUUUACCUCUCUGGCAUGCGCUCCUGGAAGAAGCGUAUCGUCAGACUUAAGAACAGUGUUAUAACUGGCGUCUAUCCUGCCAGCCCUUCCUCCUGGCUUUUUGUUGUCAUAGCAAUCCUGGCUACUAUGUACACUCGCUCUGACCCCUCCAUGGGACUCAUAGCCAAGAUACAAGAGCACCUUCCGGUCAGCCAAUCAAUGAGCACCCAGUGCCAGGCGGUGUUGUCAGCAGUGCUUUUUAGCACCAUGCUAUGGCUCCUGCUCAUCUUCACCAUGCGCCUGUGCCUUAAGCAGCUCCUCUCCUACCAUCGCUGGAUGUUUGAGCAGCAUGGCAAAAUGUCCACAACCACUAAGAUCUGGGUGGCACUGGUGCGAAUCUUUUCUGGCAGAAAGCCUCUUCUCUACAGCUACCAGGGGUCAUUGCCAAACCUGCCUCUCCCCACUGUAAAGGAUACGGUGAAGAGGUAUUUAGAAUCAGUGCGCCCGCUGAUGGAUGAUGUGGAGUAUGAACGCAUGACCAAGCUGGCCGCAGAGUUCCAGAGCAGCCUCAGUAACCGCCUGCAGUGGUACCUCAAGCUCAAAACUCUUUGGGCUUCCAACUAUGUUAGUGACUGGUGGGAGGAAUACGUCUACCUGCGGGGGCGAGGUCCAAUCAUGGUCAACAGUAACUAUUAUGGCAUGGACUUCUUGUAUGUGACGCCCACCCCCAUCCAGGCGGCCAGGGCAGGCAACAGCAUUCACGCAUUUUUCUUAUACCGCCGCAAACUCAACAAAGAAGAGAUUAAACCUAGUCGUAUACCAGGCACUGUCAUACCUCUGUGUGCAGCUCAGUGUGAGAGGAUAUUCAACACAACACGAAUUCCUGGAGAGGAGACUGACACUGUGCAACACUGGCAGGACAGUGACUACAUAGUGGUAUAUCACAGGGGGCGCUACUUUCGGCUCAGGGUGUACCAGGCUGGCAGACUCUUGUCCCCCAGGGAGAUUGAAUUCCAAAUUCAGAGGAUCCUUGAUGACCCUGUACUUCCCUGCCAGGGAGAGGCCAAACUUGGAGCCCUCACUGCUGGAGACAGAAUACCAUGGGCUAAAGCCAGGGCAAAGUAUUUCAGCAGCGGGGUCAAUAAGCGCUCGCUGGACUGCAUUGAGAGGGCUGCCUUCUUUGUGACCCUGGAUGAUGAUGAACAGGGCAUGAUGGGAGACGACCCUGUAGCCAGUUUGGAUCGCUACGCUAAGUCAUUGUUGCAUGGCAAAUGUUAUGACAGGUGGUUUGACAAGUCCUUCUCAGUUGUUUACUACAAAAAUGGAAAGAAUGGGGUAAAUGGAGAGCACUCGUGGGCUGAUGCACCAGUGGUAGCACACUUAUGGGAGUACACCCUGGCCACGGACAGCUUCCAUCUGGGUUACAAUGCAGAAGGUCACUGCAAGGGAGAAGUAGAUUCCUCGCUGCCACGGCCACAGAAGCUGGCCUGGGAAAUCCCCAAAGAAUGUGAGGAGCAGAUCUCCCAGUCUCUGACAGUGGCCCAGGCACUUGCUGAUGAUGUUGACUUCCACGUUUUCCCCUUCCGAGACUUUGGAAAAGGAAAAGUCAAGAAGUGUCGAGUCAGUCCAGAUGCCUUCAUUCAGAUGGCUCUUCAGCUGGCCUAUUACAGGGAAAGAGGGACAUUCUGUCUGACAUACGAAGCCUCCAUGACUCGCCUGUUCAGGGAGGGCAGGACAGAGACCGUUCGCUCCUGCACGAAUGAAAGCAGUGCCUUUGUCCGAGCACUGGAGGGAGGAGAGGCAGCAGAUGUAUGCAGACGUUUGUUCAAUGCAGCGUCAGAGAAACACCAGCUCCUGUAUCGCAUGGCUAUGACCGGUGGUGGAAUUGACAGACACCUCUUUUGCCUCUACGUGGUGUCCAAAUACCUCGGAGUGGAGUCUCCUUUCCUGAAAGAGGUGUUGUCUGAGCCCUGGCGGCUAUCCACCAGUCAGACUCCAAUCCAGCAGGGGGAGCUGUUUGACAUGGUCAACCACCCAGAAUACAUUUCUUGUGGAGGGGGCUUUGGUCCGGUGGCUGAUGAUGGUUAUGGGGUGUCCUAUUGCAUUUUAGGAGAGAACUUGAUCAAUUUCCACAUCUCAUGCAAACACUCAUGUCCAGACACUGAUGCCCAUAAGUUUGGUGUUCAGAUCAGAAAAGCCCUGCACGAUCUGAUGCAGUUGCUGAGCCCUAACUACAAAGAACCCAAAAAAAUGGAAGCAACUAAACCGGAGGACAAGAAAGACCUGUAACCAGCCAGAGGAAUGAGUGAGAAAGAGAAUUUUAUAGAGAGACAAGAGAUUUUCAGAAAGAUACUGAUCUGAUGGAGUGGAUGUUUUUACUAAAAUGUAUUUGUAUCAGUGUGUUUUAGCUGUGGGGAGGAUAAGAAAAAAGGUCCAUAUAGUAAUAAAUAAGUAUGAUCCAAGGACAAUUAGUUUAAUUAGGUUAGUGUUUUUUUACCAGGGAAAUUGAGGAAAAAGAGGAAAGUCCACGUAUGAGCAUUAAAUGAAAAUGUUAUUUGUGACAGCAUACAGUAACAGAGGUCAGUACGAGUUGCACCACUCCAAAUUAGGGUAGAAAUCCCUAAUGUCUUAUUGCAGGGAGUAUUUUAUCACUUCAAGUUCAGUAUGUCAUUUACAGAUGCCACACAUUUGUGCCACUGACUUUCUAUUAUUGAAUUAGAUUUAAAAAAUGCAAUUGUAUGUGCAUAGUACAUAUUUAGCCUUGGAGAGAAACAUGCAGGGCUGUUGAGGUGACUUACGUUUCUACUGUGCAACGUUGCUGUAACUGGAACUUCACAUGUGAUAUAAUCUUGGAGGUCUUUGACUUCUCAGUGUUAACUCGUCAUGAAUAACUCUUUUACGACGCUUUUAUAUACAUGAUUGUAAUUCUCUGCUGAUGGAGUUGUUUAUAUGCACGGUGAUAUGAUGGAGCUGUGACAAAUUCACAUUUGCAUUAUGUGUUGUAUUCUAUUCAGUGCCAAAUCACCCAAGAAAUAACGUUGCUUGGUCCUUCCUUUAGUUUUCAUAUGUGCCAGUUUAAAAAAAACUCCAGUCAUUUCACUGCCAUCUAUAUAUUUGUUAUUUUAUCACUUUAUUAAUCAAGCACUAUAACAAUGCAAGUUGUAUUUAUGAGCAUAUUAGUUGUUCAGUCUGAAGCAGAUGUGGACAUGUUACCUGUGAAGUGACUUGAAUAUUGUAGUCAAGCUGUCCUAUUGAAGAGACAGUAUGUUGCCAGUGACACAGACUGCUCUGUUAAUGCUACAGUUCUGUUUUACUCCAGAUCAGUUGAGCUUGUCUCUUAUUUUGCUAUUGUUUGUCUUUUUUAAAGGAACAUGAAGUGAUUCUUAAAAAUAAACUUGUUUUAAACAGUUUA